AAUCGUUCGGUUUUUUUCUUUUUUUUCCCAACAAAAGAAGGCCAUUGCCAUUCUUUUGCUGUUACUUUUGUAUCGCCUUUGAUGUCUUUCCUCUUCCCUAUCAUCUAAGUUUCAGAUGUAGCCACGCCUUUUUCGCCUGACAUGCCCGUCACAGUCAGGCCGUCAGAUCACGGGUCGAGAUCCUGGGCAGGUCGCAGAUAUAGACUCGCAUCUUCGCCCGAUAUCCUACUUCACUACACACUAACCGACGACACACGUACUAGUCCACCACGUGCCAGACAACUCAUCCAGAGCUCGUUUGCGGGGUUAGAAAGGAAGGAUAAUGUAUUCGCUACCAAGAACGGUUUCGUCCACGCCUGCGUAGAUGCGUAUAACGAACACCACUGUUUAGUAAUCCGACCGGAGGAUGUAUGGUUUGCCAUUUUAACGCAAUUUAGCGCCUACGUCAAUUCGCAUUCGGACGAAUUGCGCAAGCGAUUUUGCAGUCAUGAGGCGCAGCAAGAGUUACAUAUCGAUAUCGACCUCGAUAGUGUCGACCAUGGCAAAAUGGCAUACGCAAUGAUGAAACUCAUGCAAGAUAACAUGCGGGAUGAGAGCCUCCAACAAUGGGUCCUACCGACUUUCACGACGACAACUAAGGUCGACCAAGCAAUCGCCAGUAUCAUCUUCAUGGGUACGAUGCAGAAAUACUUCACGUAUAGCUGGGGGACGCGAUGUGGAAUACCGUCCGUAACUCUACUAGGCGAGGAGAGCGACUGGGUCAAGAUUCGCGAACGAGCUGAGCGGUUGGCGACUUUCGGAUCGGAACCGUCACGAUGGCUUCGAUUGCUUAGGCCAAUUUUAGAUGGAUUCAUCGCAAGUUUCAAAGAUCCAGACAGCGAUAUCGUGAGGAGAUUUUGGCAGGGAAUCUGCAAUGAACAUAUUCCUAAUGGAAGUGGUACUACGACCUACUCGGGGUGGAUCACUUCAUUCUGCUUUUGGGACGAGAGUGGUCGAUGUCUGCAUGGCCCAAAACUAGGCCAAGAAGUGAUGUUGACAAGGAGCCAAAUGCCGAGCGGUUUUACCAAGGUGCCGGUGACGCUGUUGGACGACGGCAUCGAGAUCCCCACUGAGAUGGUGGCUGGUUCGAUGGCGAUGAGAGCGUUUCGAUCCAAAGAUGCGGUUUAUGCAGGUGGCAGAACGCCAAUGCGGAGAAGUGCCGGCAAUGACACAGUACAGCCCGAAAUGGGGUGGUUUAUGUACAAGACAUGACCAUCGGGGAAUAUUGUGGCAUCGCUACAAUCUUAAUGAAAAAGUAACUAAUAUUUCCCAGUAUAAUCGCAAUCCAACCACGAAUGCAAAGACUUAGCCUCUUGCGACCGUGAGUUUUCCCUAGGUAUCAUUCCGACCGACUCUCGGAUUCGCACGUGCCCA